AUGCACCUCACGAUGCUUUACGAUGCCAGCAGGUCGGUAGCGACCUGCGUCCUCGUUCUCGUGCCGCCUGCGUAUAUUACCUUGGCCCUGCGCUGCGGUGUGCGCAUCUCUCGCAAGGCAUGGGGCCUCGAUGACACCUGCAUGGUGCUCUCCGCGAACUAUUUCAUGUUCAUGCUUUCCUACUGCUGCGGCGUCUUCUUCCUCAAACUCAGCAUCGCCCUGACUCUGAUGCGUAUCACCGCCGGCCGACCUGGUUACGUGUGGACCCUUCGGGUGACCAUCCUCAUCUUUACUGCCGCCAUCUUCAUGGUCUUCUUCUACGUCCUGGCCCAAUGCCAGCCCAUCGCAUACUCAUGGGAUAAAAGCAUUCCCGGCGGUAAGUGCAAGGACAAGCGCAUUCUCACGGGUAUGAGCUUCGCCAUCUCCGCCGCCAAUAUCGUAACCGACUGGACCUGCGCCCUAUUACCUAUCCCGCUGCUAUGGAACCUCGAGAUGCACCGCAACUCUAAGAUUGCGGCCGGCGUGCUGCUCUCCUUUGGCGUCUUCGCGAGCGUCUGCGCCCUUAUCCGCCUUCAGUACACCAUCGCCCUGAACGAGGAGGUCGACUUUCUCUACCAUGCCUCGUUCGUCGUCAUGUGGGCUUUCGCCGAGGCCGGCGUCGGCUUCUCGGCUGCUAAUUGCAGCACCCUCCGCCCCAUCUUCGUCCGAAUCUUCCGGCUCGGCAGCAGCCGCGGCAAUUCCGACGACACCGACAGCAGGGAAUACGGCUGCUGCCCCACCCACGCCAAGAGCCGCCACUCUGGCAUCGAGCUCAACGCCGACGCCUCUGACGCCAUCAUCGUGCAUCCAGCAACCAGGGCCGGCUACGGCGUGAAGACGACCGUCACAGCAGGGGAGCCCGAGAAUGAGCGGGAAGGCGGGGGACGUAUAGCUGCGGCUGAGGAGGUUUACUUUGAGGAUGACGCGAGCCAGCGCGAGAUUUUGAGAGAGGACCGAAUUAGUUUUACGUAUAGAAAAAAGUAA